AUGUCUGAACUCAAAGACAUUUAUUGGAUGGCAGCUCCGCUCGCAGCGAAAUACCGUGUCGAUUUCAACAAAGACCUUGACCAGUCCUGGGGAGCUGAAAGGGGGUUCCGGUUACCGAGCAGAGCCAAAGGCAGUCUACGUAAAUUCUACCACUGGGCUCUUGAAAUCGAUGGCACAUGCUACGAGGUCUCGCCCAACGAAAAAUGUCAAGGCCUCGGCAUAUUCGUGGAUGCAUGUGUGCCAAAGCCAUGUCCGUCGGAAGAGUGGCACGCCAGAUACGUUGGCGUGGAACCGGAGACGAGGAAGAUCGGGCAAACGAGGAAGGUGAAAGAAGAAAUCAUGGCGUGCAUCGACGACAUUUGGAACAAUUGGAACCAGGGUCGCUACGACUUCCUCAUCCAAAACUGCCAGAACUUCGUAAAGAUGGUCUUUGAACAGAUUAUUGUCUCGGAAGACGAUCCUGAGGUCAUUGAGGAAGAGAAGAAGACGUGGAUGAAGAUGCCAGACCCAGUCAGCCAUAGACUUGCAGAAGGCUCUCAAGCCACGCUCCUUGGUGGAGCGAUGUACGGCACACAUGCUGCAUACCUCGCUGCAUUGACAAGCGUGGUCGAAGCAGGGCAGACAGGUGGCCUCGUUGCCGCUGGUGUAGCUGCGAAUACGAUUGAGGGAACAGCAGCCGGCACCGCUCUGGCUGAAGGCAGCACAGGCGCUGCCACCGUCGCCAGCGGCUCUCAAGGUGCUGGGGCUCAGGCAACUCAUGCUUCUUUGACUGCAACUGCUCAUGCGAAUCCAGCCGGAGCUGUUGGAGUGGCCAAGAGUACGACGACCGGAACAUCAGGGGCCGCAAAGGCCGGGUUCUCUGCCAAAGCAGCUGGUCUCGGCCACGUCGGGUUGCACGGCGCUGGACUUGGAGCUGCUAAAGCUGCUUCAAUUGGUGGCGGUAUGCUUAAAGCUGGUGGAACGGCCAUGUUCGUGCAUCCCAUUGCCGGAGCCGCUAUAGCUGGCGCUGGAGCUGGACUUGUGUAUCUUGGCACACGAGGGAAGCGAGACAAGAACUGGACUCCUGAGAUGCCAAGCAGUCCAACAGAGGAUCCUGCCACCGGUCUGAACGAUUUGGAAGUGGAAGUGACUACAGAUGAUCUCCUUGAACUGGAAGCCAGACUAUUCGAGCAAGUCGAGAUGGACAACGGCACAGAAUAUGUCGAUGCAAAAUGGCCUUGUUCUCCAGCACCAAUAGAGGAAAGAAUGGAAGAGUGCAAGCUUACAGACUCUCAUGAGACUGACGUGGCCUUCGAGCAACCGAAAAGUUCGGAAGGGACGAAAGGCAAGAUCAGACAAUGGCGACAGAAGAGCUGGAAAUCGUGA